UACGCACCUGCCAUCGCGCUCCCUCCAUCUGUCUGUCCGAGCACCUUUGAACAAGCUUCCCGUAACGGCCAUCUGGAUCUGUAGGCAUAGGCCGAGACGCACAAAAUUUGCCCGCGCACGCACCGCAUCGUAAAGUGAACGAAGUACGCGACGACGAUGGCUUCGAACAGCAAUUUUAACACCGUCGCCUUAAAAUCGACAGCGUGCGCUCUGAACGCUAACAGUAUCGUAACCAAAGGUGCACACGAUCCAGUAAAUUGUACAGACGAAAUGGUGGAAACGGGCACCAAGCGCAAAGCAGACAUGAGCCUAGCGAAGCAGGAAAUCGGUGCCAAACGGUUCGCGCUGGGCAAUCUGACCAAUGCCGAAACCACGGGCACGGCGUCGACCAUCGGAGCGGUCCUGAAGAGCAAGAUGACCAACUUUCUGAGCAAGCCGAUGAUGUCGUCGAACAAAUUGGUCGGGGACGUCGCCAAACCAACAUGGAAGCCAAACGAGCAACAUUUCAAGAAAAACAAGCCACCGAAGAUCCAUGGCGUCCCCAGGAUCAUGACGCGCGCCGCUAUGCGUAAACAGCAAGCCGUCGAUGUGAAUCAAAAGACACAACAAGACAGACCCAUCUCGGUCAUGAAGGGCAAAGAGAAUGUACCGUCGUCGUCAGACACCGUCUCCGGAAACGUUGCGGGUGUGUCAGCUCUCGCUCAAAACCGCAAAGCGGAGGAGUUGGUUGCUAAACCGAAACCCCUUGCGACUGUUGUCACAAAUCGUGCGUCAUGGAAAAAUGUAUUAAGAGCGCGCUCGACAACAGUAGCGGCCGGGGCUGAAAUCGCCACAAACGACUCUGCAAGCAAUGGCGAGCAGAAAAAGUCGCAGCAGGCCACAAAUGCCUGCCUGGCCAAGCAUGCCGAGGUGGUGGUGAAGCCGAAGCGUGGCCGAAUGUCGAGCGAGUUCGAGGCAAGCGACAACUCGCUGUACGUGACAGCGGUUGAUAAUUUUGAGGACGGUUCAGCAGCCUCCGCCGGUACUGGGCCGGAUUGUGUAGACCCGCUUGGGCCGGACUGUGUGGAUCCGCUUGGGCCGGAGAUUGCACCACGCAACGAACCGGCACCACCGGCGGUAAAACCACUCGCUGCCCGAGCUGAUGGAAAGCCUAAGCAGCGCGGCCGCGGGUCGAGCGAGUUCGAAGACAGUGGUACGUUGUACAUGACGGCGGUAGACAAUUUGGAUGAUGGCGCGACCAUCUCGAACAAAGGAAAGGCCGUUGCUGCCGCUGGUCGUGUGGCGGCGACCGGUGCUUCCCUUGCCGCACCGGACAAAAAGACGAAGGCUCGGGUGGAAGAUGAGAAUGGUCCGUGGAAAAUGCUAAUCACCGAAAACGUUGCCCUAACCCGGGCCGCCACUGCCGAGAUCGGUGUGCCGCGCAAACAGCCGCCGGCAAGUGUCGAGGACUACGAUCUUUGCUACUGGAACGAUAUCUACCAGGUGUCGGAAUACGCACAGGACAUAUUUGACUACCUGCAGGAGCGGGAGCCCGCGUACGACAUUCCGGACUACAUGGUGCGCCAGAAGCAUUUGACGAAGCGGAUGCGUGCCCUGCUGGUCGACUGGAUGAUUGAGAUACAGGAGACGUUCGAGCUGAACCAUGAAACGCUCUAUCUGGCCGUUAAAAUACUCGACACCUACCUGUCCCGUGUGACGAUCGGCCACGAAGUCUUGCAGCUCGUGGGAAUCGCGGGCAUGCUGAUCGCCUCGAAGUACGACGAACGUUUGCCCCCGACGGUCGAUGACUUUGUUUACUUCUGCGACGGUGCGUACGAUCGUAACGAUUUGCUCAAGAUGGAGCGCACCGUGUUCCGUACCAUCGAAUUCGAUCUCGGCUUUCCACUGUCCUACCGUUUCCUGCGCCGGUACGCUCGCGUCAACCGCAUUCCGAUGAUGACGCUCACGCUGGCCCGCUACAUUCUCGAGACGGGGCUGAUGGAUUACAACACGGUGCUGGUGCGCGAUUCCAAGCUUGCCUGCGGUGCGCUCUUCAUCGCUCGCCGUAUGCUGGACCAGCCGGGAUGGAACGAAACACUCGAAUACUACUCAAGUUACAAGGUGGAGCAAUUUACGGACGCGAUCGUGCUGCUGAACAACGGCAUGAGCUCGAGGCAAUAUUCGUUCGACACGGUGCACAAGAAAUACUCGCACGAGCUGUUCUUCGAGGUGGCCAAACGCCCCGUCAUCACUAGUAUGGAGAAAUUGUUCGCCACCUCAAGCGUAAUGUACAAAGCGGCUCCCACCGCCUUACCAGUUGCAGCCGACGCAACGACCAAAGAAAAUGUCGCCCCCAUUCCGGCCGCCGUCAGUAACAAAUGAGAUUAAGGUGCAAACCGGGGCCACCGCGCCACCGCGAGUAAUAGUAUAUGAUGUACCACAUUCAUGGUUGUCCAAAAGCACAUGAAGGUAACGUUGAUUCCUGCACUGCAUUAUACAAAGUAAGACCCCUCUCAUGAUGAACUGACCAAGAAAAUAGCUAGCCUAAAGUGUGUAUGUGCGCGAGCGUGUCGCCCCGUCCUGGCCACACGUUCUGUGAAGAGUGGUGUAAUUUCAAAUCGUUAGUAAUAUAGGCUAUAUAACAGAACAAAAUCAACCGCCGCUCUCGCCGUUUCAUCUCGUGCCAAGAUAUUUUUUUGUGUCGUAGCUGUAAGGUUUUUUUUUGCUUCAACCAUCCAUUAAUUAUUCUUUUUAUCGUUGAUUACUUGUCACGUACGUUUCAUUUUUCCUGUUAUUUCUUGUAUUGAUGCUUGUUAGCUUGUAAGUGUUAGCAAUUAAGGCUGUUCUCUUUCUCUCCCUCUCUCGAUACGUUUGGCAAGAUCGCAAAUGAGACUGAUUUUUGGGGCUUAAUACACAAGCACACGCACGAACACCACCUGACCAUUGCUUUCUCGCGUGUGAUCGCGAAGUUAGAUGCAUUUUUAGUAGCGAGUAAGUGAAUGCGCAAAAUUCAGAGCGUGCGCGAAACGCAUUUCCAAAUAAACGAUUUUUUACUAGCA